AUUCCCUAAUAAGUUGACAGUCCAGUUGGUAAACUGCAGGGGCCAGUUCUUUUGCUCAUAAACAUUCAAACCGCAUUCGCCCAACAAGCAUGACGUAUUUGUACGGGUCCACGCUCGUCGUUUUAACACUGUUACAACUAUGCCGAGCUGAGAUAUCGGACUCCAUGCCAGAUCCUUGGUAUUCGGCAAAUGUCAUUAAUGAUGGAUUUCAACCGAAGCCAAUUUCGGAAAUAUUUUCUACCGAAUCCACGUUUUCGUCUACAAAUCCCAUUAUUGUUUUACCAAAGGCAUCAAGUUCACCUCAGGAAGGGACUAGUCUUUUAACUACGUUGUCUCCAUCGACUUUGAAAGUUUCAAGUGCUGGUACUACAGGAGAUUUAACGGAAACACUAUCUAUUAUAUCAUCGACACCAUCAACUCCACUAUAUUCAACAGAAGAAACACCACAACGCAAUCCGAUCUCAGUUCAAGUACAAACAGAGAUAAAAAGCCCCAUUUUAGAAUUAAUACAGUCAGUUCAACCUAUUCAGCCAUUGCUACCAUCCGCGUCUCCGGAGCAACCGAUUCAACAAAUACAAACAACAGACCCACUUCUGCCAGGAGUGCAAUCUAUUCAAACGACUUCGCCUCAAGUAAGCACUGUUUCGACGGGAAUACCUAUUCAACCAACUGAACAAACUCAACAGACCCGUCUUUCGCAAGCUCAAACUCAAAAUCAACAAAUCCGCUUAGAAAUAGUGCCCCAAAAUCAGCCUAUUGUUAAUCAACCAGCACCAACUAGGUUCCAAUCAGAACAACCUUCGACUCAACAGCCAAAUGUACAACUUUCAUCUGUUACACCUUCAUCUAACUACUUUCUUAUUUACCAACAGGCUCCCCAAAAUAUUCAAAAUUAUCCACCUCAACAGCAAGUUGCACCUUUUGUAAGCAAUCAAAACCCAUCGUCUACAAUUCCGACAACAACACUUUCCCCUACCACACAACCAUUACCACAAGUAGCAGUUCAAACAGUGUCUUCGAAAGUUCCCGAAACACUAACAUCAACAAACGCGUUUGAAACACUUUCGACAGCCAAAUUAGUGGCAUCAACAGCACGCACCAUUGUUACGACUUCUAAUUACCGAGCUACACAAGGUGUCAACCGCAAAUUGGGAACACCUACUGCUAUAGUUCAAAGACCGCCUUUAUUCCCAUGGACGAUCCGCGUUGUAGCCCCAGUUGGAUCGAUCACAAAUGUGAAGAUAAAUCCCACAAGCACGACAAGAAGACCCACUACGACCCGAACCCGAAAGUCAAAGCCUAAACGCAAUAGAUAUGAUGUUUGCAUCGAUUCGUGCAAAGGAAAGAAAGAACCUAUUUGUGGUGUGCCCAUUUCUGGCGGACACAUAGACCCGAGGACUCUCAAGGGUUUCCCGUCCGUAUGUCACAUGGCUUGCCACAAUUCCUUUAGGAAAGAUACAUACGAAAAAUUGAUAGACGGCAGAUGCGGAAAGCUACGUUCACGAAUUCGAAUUGUAGAAUCUAACAAGAGACUGAAGAGGCCGGAAUUGAAAAAGGCCGAGUAUAUUGUGGAAAAUGUCGGUCCGAAGACCAUCGUUGAGUUUACAGGCUUAGUUUAGUCUAUCUGAAAAUAUUUAUCAGUAUGUCCGGCUUGUUAUAGAAACAACGGGAUAUUAAUUAGCAUUUAAUUACACAAAAUAAAACCAGUUCAGCUUUAGAGGUCCUUUCCUGUAUAUACAAGAGGAAGAUAAAAAUCGCAUCUACGAUAAAGAUCAUUGCUUAAAAUAAAUCUUGCUUUAUAUUCGUAUGUUUUCACGAAUGCUGUCUACGAUACUGCUAAAGAUUUACGAAUUGGCUAAAAGUUCAUGUAGGUGCUCCUGAAAAAACAUAGAAGCUCGGAGAACACAAACUUAUUUUUAAUAGGUAAGACAAAUAGCUGAUGGUUCUUACUGGUGGUAGGACCUCUCUAGGUGAAGCAGUAAUGCGUCUCGGCUUGAAGGGUGGGGCAGCCGUUGUAACUAUACUGAGUUCUUAGAACUUAUAUCUCAAGGUGAGUGGCGCAUUUACGUUGUAGAUGUCUAUGGGCUCCAGUAACCACAUAACACCAGGUGGGCUGUGAGCUCGUCCACCCAUCCAAGCAAUAAAAAUAAAAAAAGCACCACAUAAAGAUAGUAAAAAUAAAUUAAUAAUAAAUCAUAUUUCUAGAAUUCAUAGCGAAUCAAAAUACCGAAGCAAUUUCUGUGUAUUAUAGAUACUUUAGGUACUAAAGCAACAGUUUGUACUAAAUGAACUUUAUUUUACUUAGUCUCAAAAUGAUUAUUUCAGUCAACUCUUAUUUAGUUUUGUAUUUACAUAUUACUAUUAUUGAGAUUUAAAUUUAACAUUUUCUAAGUUGUUGGUUGAACUUUUGUCUUCGACGGCCUACUGGAAUAUCAUAUCAUAAAGCCCAUAUCAUAUAGUUAGUACUCCUCAUCCGCCAUGUCAAUGAUAAUGUCAAGGCUACAGACAAACUGUAAUCUACUAUCUAUUACUCUUUUUAAGCUCCCUUUGUAGAAAGGCCUAUAGUAACGUUCAAAAAACAUGGCGGAAGGGGGUUUAUUACAGUUGGAUGGUGCGUAGCAAAAAUAAUCCCUGGAAAUGUAGCGGAAGGCCAAAGCGAUUCCAUAUAGUAGACUUAAACUCUGUUUAGAAGGCGACUACUGGUGGUAGGACCUCUUGUGAGUCCGCGCGGGUACCACCACCCUGCCUAUUUCUGCCGUAAAGGAGUACUGCGUUUCGGUUUGAAGGGUGGGGCAGCCGUUGUAACUAUACUUGAGACCUUAGAACUUAUAUCUCUUAUAUCUCAGAACUUAUAUCUCAAGGUGGGUGGCGCAUUUACGUCAUAAUGUCUAUAGGCUCCAGUAACCACUUACACCAGGUGGGUUCUGAGCUCGUCCACCCAUUUAAGCAAUAAAUAACAAAAAAGGGUGGUGCCGUGGUAUAAAAAAGAUGACGCGGUCAUUUCUAUUUCUCAGUGCACUUGGAACACGGCAAAGAAUGAAGAACUAAGUAAAAAAAGAAAUAAAAACAAUUUGGGAAAUUUUUAAACAAAUAAUGUAGUUUUACUGUAAAGUAAUUUUAAUAUCAACAAAGCUUUCGCAUUGGAGAAAUAAAGAUUUAAGAGCCAAGAUCUAUGUAUUUUGUAAUAAUUGAUGAUACGAUUAAGUUUAUAUUAAGUCUCGAGGGUCAUUCGUGAUAAUUUCAAUUGUAAAUGCGAGACAAUUACAGUGAAGCAAUUCACAAUUGAAGCAAUUAUAGUGGCGUAAAAUAAACAAUUGACCUACAAAGGAAAA